CACCCUCCUGGCCACCACCGUAUACAGCAGCGGACAGAACAACGCAGCCCUGACCGCACCCGUGCAGCUGCUAGCAGGCUCUCAGUAUGUCAUCGAGAUGACUGUCUUAAACGGCACCGCCUACCCGUCCUUUCCUUUCAACAGCGCCUCGCCAGACAUGUUUGAUAUGAAGAUAGCGGUCAUCACUCAGGCACUUACCGGAGACUCGCAGACAGAAAUGGCAACGACUGCGUCCGAUGUGUUGCAAGGGAUACCGAACUUCUUCGCGCAAAGUGACUUUUCCACCGCAGUGGAGGUUCCGGUGGCUACGCUUGCGGUCACAUCCGCCCCAUUGGAGACUAUAUCGGAACAAGCGGGGAGUACAGAGGAGCCAGUAGCAACACCUGAUACAAGCGCAGACACGGUUGUACCAGCUACGAGCUUAGCGUCAGAUGAGACCCCAAACCCAAGCACCAGCACGAUUGUCGAUAAAACCAGUAGUGCGAGUCAGGCAAUCACAGAGAAUAUCUCCACGGACACUACAGCCCAAGCCAGCAGUACAACCAGCCCGUCCCCUACCAACGAAGUGGUGCUGAACUUGGUUGAGCCAACGGCUAAUACCGUAAGUGAUCCGGUUGUGACUGAAACAACCAAUGGAGAACCGGACGAUAAGAUCACGGGUGCGGGAAUAGCCGCGGUUGCCAUAACAACAGUAGUCUGCGUUGGUAUCGUGGUCCUAUCCGUUGUGAUCUACAAGUGGCAUCAUAGAAGCUACUUUGACGUAGACUGA